CGAGCAUCUACUAUUUGCAUUGUACAUCACUUCACUUGACGCUGUUCUUUCCCUGUAUCUAUUCAGUCGCUCCUUAAUAAUGAUCAAAUAACCUCGAUGAACGUCCGCGACCCCUUCGAUCGCCCAAUUUUCUCCCCGUUCCAAAUCUUACGAGGAACUGCAACACAAGCUGCCGCGCAAGUAACGCAGAGAGUGAAGGAAGCUGGGAUUCAAGCAUACGAGUCCGGCAAACAAGCAGUCGAAGAGAUGUCUUUCUCCAUACCCCAGAACGUUCCGUCCUUUACAGAUCCACAACGCGAACUGGAGAACAGAGUCUGGGGGUCUUCAGGAGUCACUUCGAGGUCUGGGGCUUCGCAUUCAAACGGGGUCAUGAGCGGGAUGCAAGAUCGAGUUGGGAGCUUCUUUGACAAGAGUCGGGGCGAUCUGCCCAUGUACAAAGACAAACCAUAUUCAUACGCAACAUCAAGGAGGCGGCGGCCGUUCUGGAAGCGGAAGAGGAAUAUGGGUGGACUCGCUGCGUUGUUCUGUCUGAUAUUGCUGUACUACCGGGGAUUCUUUGGCGGUGGUACACCAGAGGACUUAACGUCCGGAGAAAAGAGCAAGAACAAUUGGAGUUGGCUGAAGGGCUCAGAGAAAGCUGGUACGGUUGACUGGUUGGAACGUCGAGAGAAGGUGAAGGAGGCAUUCACAACGAGCUGGGAUUCUUACGAGAGAUAUGCUUGGGGUUACGACGAAUUUCACCCAGUAUCGAAGCGUGGAAAUCAUAUGACCCCAACAGGAAUGGGUUGGAUCAUAGUCGAUGCAUUGGAUACGAUGAUAUUGAUGAAUCUGACAAGCAGAUUGACGCAUGCUAGGGAAUGGAUGUCGAAAUCACUCUCCUACGAACAAGAUCAGGAUGUCAAUACCUUUGAGACUACAAUUCGAAUGAUUGGCGGACUACUUUCGGCACAUUAUCUCUCCACAGAGUUUCCUGAAAUGGCUCCCCUGACAGAUGAUGAUGAGGGCGCUGCUGGUGAGGAUUUGUACCUUGAGAGGGCUAAGGAUCUAGCCGAUCGAGCUAUGGGAGCGUAUGAAUCUUCCUCAGGGGUGCCUUACGCGAGCUUCAACAUGAAGACUACGAAAGGGCUUGUGUCACACGACGAUGGUGGAGCUUCUUCAACAGCAGAAGCAGCUACUCUGCAACUGGAGAUGAAAUAUCUGUCAAAGCUUACCGGCGAGACUCUUUACUGGGAGAGAGCCGAAAAAGUCAUCCAAGUGAUCGAUGAUAAUGGCAUGGAAGAUGGUCUUGUCCCAAUCUACAUCUAUGCAGACCAAGGUCAUUUCCGAGGCAACAAUAUCCGUUUGGGCAGUCGAGGUGAUUCUUACUACGAGUAUCUCAUCAAGCAAUAUCUCCAAACUUCGAAAGAGGAACCGAUCUAUGAAGAGAUGUGGGAUCAAGCUCUUGCUGGUGUACGCAAGCAUCUGAUCACUUAUUCUUCUCCGUCACAAUUCACUGUCCUGGGUGAACGUCCUGAUGGGCUGCAAGGAACACUGUCUCCAAAAAUGGAUCAUCUGGUAUGCUUCAUGCCGGGCACGAUCGCUCUGGGCGCAACGGGAGGUCUUCCAGAGAAAGAGGCCAAGAAGCUAUCAACAUGGAACAAGAGAAAGGAUGAGGAGAUGAAUUUGGCCAGAGAACUGACUCAGACCUGUUGGGGCAUGUACAAAGUAAUGGCCACAGGACUUGCUCCAGAAAUCGCACAUUUCCACAUUGAUACUCCUCCCCUUCCCGAAUCGGCACCCCACAAAGCACCAGAAACAUUUGACGAUCCCGAGAAUCUUGAAUGGAGGAGAGAUUUCAAUAUUAAGAGCAACGACAAGCAUAACUUGCAAAGACCGGAGACUGUGGAGAGCUUAUUCUACAUGUGGAGAAUCACUGGGGAUGAGAUCUAUAGAGAGUGGGGCUGGGAGAUGUUCAAGUCAUUCGUGGAAUUCACGAGGCUUGAGGAUGGAGGGUUCACGAGUUUAUCGGAUGCUGAUAGGAUCCCGCCUCCAACCAGAGACAACAUGGAAAGUUUCUGGCUGGCCGAAACUCUAAAGUACUUUUAUCUCCUUUUCUCACCCAACGACCUCAUUCCUCUUGACAAGGUUGUCAUCAACACAGAGGCGCAUAUAUUCCCCCGUUUCAAGCUAGGUCCAUUGUUCAAGACCGGCUGGAAGAGGAAGCCCCGCGGUCCCGAUGGAAAGCUUCUCCCUGAUCCUCCAAAAGAAGAACCUGCAACCCAGACAAGGAAGAUCGAAGUAGAGGUUAAGACGAGUUCAUGAUUUUCUUCUUUCUUGUAGGAACAUUCAAAAGUAUUGUACAUACUGGUGGCGCUGUCGAGACAGCAGGGGAGAAGGAUGUAAUUCAAGAUUACAUGAUUGUAUUCAUAAAUUGAUACCAAGCUGAUGAGCCGGUUGUUCACAUAUGACAAACAAAUUCGUCC